UCGACCUCAACUUGCCAAGAAGGAACCAAAAGAGGCAAAUCGAAUGUAUGCAUCGUUCACAAUUUUGCCAGAGACCUAAUUUCCACCAUGAAGACCGCUAUCCUUGCUUCCCUUAUCGCCACUGCCGCUGCUUUCGCUCCUGCCAAGGAGGGUGCCCGCAGCACCGCCUUGAAUGCGUUCGAGGAUGCCCUUGGAGCCACUGCUCCUCUUGGCUUCUACGAUCCCCUUGGCCUUGUCGCUGAUGGAGACCAAGAAAAGUUCGACCGUCUUCGUUACGUCGAGAUCAAGCAUGGACGUAUCUCCAUGCUUGCCGUUGUUGGGUACUUGUUCACCGAGGCUGGUGUUCGUCUUCCUGGCCAAAUCAGCUACGAUGGAACCACCUUUGCUGACAUCCCAGGUGGUUUCGAUGCCCUUGGUGCCAUCCCAGCUGUUGGUCUCUACCAAAUUGUUGGCUUCAUCUUUGCUCUUGAGUAUGGAUUCAUGAAGGAUGUCGGUGUCGGUGAAUUCCCAGGUGACUUCCGCAAUGGAUUCAUUGACUUUGGAUGGGACAAGUUUGAUGAGGAGACCAAGCUCCAGAAGCGAACCAUUGAAUUGAACCAAGGCCGUGCCGCCCAAAUGGGAAUCCUUGGAAUCAUGGUCCACGAGAAGUUGGGAGUUGACAUUGUCCCCCCUCACCUUUAAGCAAAGACGACGACGCCGCUAGUCGACCUUGUUCAUAGAUCUCUUGAUCGAUGUAAUUUAAUGCUUGGUUACAUUGGC